CAGCAUCAAGUGUUGUAACAUUAUGAAGCAUUGUUUUAGCUUCAACAGCUUUCAUAUACCAAGGAAUAGAACUCUGUACUUUUACCAUGCAGAGGUUGGAGUAUGCUAUAUUUAUUGGAGAAUGCUUGAUUUAAAGAAGAACCUCAAUGUUCAAAGCUUAGCAAGUAGAAAAUGAAAUUGGAGAAGCUAUGGGAUUUGUCCCUUGCUUUUACAGUACAUUAUGCAGGAAAUGAAUGCUUCUAUAUCCCAAAGGAUUUAAUUCUGCACAUUGACCAGCACAAGUUAAAUUAUGCUAUAUUUAUUUGCAUGCAAGAUAUAGAGUUGAUUCUUGAAGUUUAAUGCUUGGAAAGUCCAGAAUGAA